AUGCGGUUCAUAAAGAUUAUUUUAAGCUGUUGUUGCGUAUUUAGUGGUCACUUUUCAAAUGGAAGCAGCAUUCACACUUCAGAAAUCAAAAGGCGCCUCAUCAAUCAUACGAUGGAAUUGAUUGAUAAAAGUUUUAAGAAUAAUAUGAACCCAGUGAUAAUAACUUCUGACCUAGUUGAUGACCAAGUUGUAAAUGGAAAUAUCGAUAAUGUAAAUCCGCUGAUUGUAGUGAAUAGUGAUUUCAUUGGUGCAAAAAUUAAAGGGUAUCAUCCCAGCUAUCCUAUGUAUAUCCUCAAAUUUGAAUCUGACGAGAAGCUGAUAAAGUUUAUUUUUCGGUUUACUCAUUCAACAAUCUGGAAUGUAAAGUCACCAAUUUUCAUUCUCGACAUUUCUGAAAGGCCUCAUGAUGUAAAAGCUAGUUGGGUUCUUAAGUUUCUCGGAAGGUUCGAAAUAUUGGUAUCAUACUACUUGUGUUAUGAUAACGAUAAAGAUUCAACCAUAGUCUACACUCUGAACCCUUACUCACAAUAUGCUCCACGACCAUGGAAACAAGUUAAAUUAGCAGAUAGCAAUAGAAAAACAAAUUCGACACUACUCAGUUUGCAGUAUCCGAAAGAUGUAAAGAAAAGCCACAAAAAUGUUUAUUUUGAUAAAAAUAAAUACUUAAAUGGUCAUACAAUAAAAUUAUUGGAUUCUCUAAACAUACAAAAUUCAACCCAACAGGAUGAACAGAAUGAAAUUGAUGAGUAUAUGAAACUCAUUAAACAGUUUAAAGACGUCAAAUUGACUUCACUACCUGAUUAUAUCAAAGUAAAUACGUCAAUUCAUGUUAUUGAGAACGAUCUUAGUUCAUUAAUAAUAAAAAUGGGUUUCGAUAAUAGGCUUUUUACUUCUCAGUAUGAUGCGCAUAACCAAAUGACUCAAUUGGCUGAUAUAAAUUAUAAUUUUAAUGACUUUGUGACGCAGUACCAGGAAUUACACUUUUCAAUUAUCACGAAAAAGACUGAUUAUUUGACGGCAAUCACUGAAAUCGACGUAAAUCUUAAUUUUAUCGUCAACACAAUCUUGGUGUUGUUGCUAAUUGCAGUGUUGAUAAUAAUGAACAACAAAUAUCACGUGAGCCAAGGAAUUAUGGACGUUGUGAGUAUGUCAAUGGGCAUGGGAAUAAUGUCUCCAAUAGAACGUCUUUCAAUGAGGAUCGUCUAUUUCUUCGGAUUUUUAUUUAUUUUUGUAGUGAUGCCCGAAUUCCAAGGACAAAUCUCGGCAAUUCUAUCUAAACCAGCGCGACGUAAUGUCGAGACUCUACAGGACUUGUUUAACAACAAGUAUCACGUGUUUUACGAUGGAAACUUAGAAAAAGACAUGAUUAACGAAAACUUGUGGGUGACCAAAAAGGACCAAAAAUACUUGCAUCCAUCUAAUGAUCUUGAUCUGAAAAAUUGUGUGAAAGAAGCCCAACGGAAUUCAACUAUUGCUUGUAUUAACUCGAUUGACUGGCAACUUUAUUACGUUUUAGAGUUAAAAAAUCUUCAUCUAUCAAAGGAAAGUAUUUUCAAAAAAUACUUCGUGUUUUGGACAAAGAAGAACUGGGCUCUGAAGGACAAAAUUGACAAAGCUCGUUCUAUUCCGGUGGAAACAGGAUUAAUUAACCACUUUUUUGAGGAGAGAAUUAAGAAAGAUCGGAAAAUAAUAAAGAAGAUGGAGAAAAUCAAGGAAGCUGAAAACUAUGAACGAGUCGACUUUGAAAAUUUAGUGUUUUAUUUCAUUUUGUUUGCGGCAAUUUUGCUGUGGAGUUUGGUCAUUUUUGGAAUUGAACUUCUUGUUCACCGCAAUUACUUGAAAUAUCUGAGAGAGCAAGCGGAGCGACGAAAGUUCAUAGAGCGAUUGAGAGCACGUCCAUAA